ACCAAUCACAGCGAGUUGUGUGGAUCUUCAUACACACUCGUGCACACGCUCACACUCACCUAUGCAUGGCUGCACUUAUGGAGUAUUAUCCUAUCAUACUACUUUCCAUCUGCUUCCUGCUCCCAGGGAGCAGGAACUGCUUCAGUAUCGACACAAAGAAAGCCCAGAUCAUCUCCGGACCAAAAGAAACCCAGUUUGGUUACACGGUGCAACAACACGAGGCUCUUGGUCAGAAAUGGCUUCUUGUUGGUGCUCCAUUUGAGAGGAACGGUGAGAAUGAGACCGGGGACGUGUACAAGUGCCCACUGGGUCGCUCGACUAAGACAAAAUGUUCUCGCCUCAACUUAGGAGGGACGACUCUAAAAAAUGUACUUGAACACAAGGACAAAAUGAGACUAGGGAUGUCCCUAACGUCCAACCCAAAGGAUAACAGCUUUGUGGCUUGUGGUCCGUUGUGGUCGUACGAAUGUGGUACAUCGUUAUACAGUACAGGAAUCUGCUCCAGUGUUGAUAGCACCUUUAACUUCUCACACAGCAUUGCGCCGGCCUUUCAGAGAUGCGAAACAUAUAUGGAUAUAGUCAUAGUUCUGGAUGGAUCAAACUCUAUAUACCCCUGGUUUGAGGUGCAAGACUUCCUAAUCAACGUCCUGCAGAAGUUCGCUAUCGGUCCAGGACAGAUUCAGGUUGGAGUGGUGCAGUACGGAGAGAGAGUGGUUCACGAGUUCCACCUGGACCAUUUCCAGACAGUCGAUGAAGUAGUGAGUGCUGCACAGAAUAUUAUCCAACGUGGAGGAGAGGAGACUCGCACAGCACUUGGGAUCGACGUCGCACGUUCUCAGGCUUUCAAACGUGGAGGGCGUCCGGAUGCCAGGAAGGUGAUGAUUGUGAUCACUGAUGGAGAAUCACACGAUAGCCCAGACCUAAAAAAAGCAGUUGAAGAGAGCGAGAAAGACAACAUCACACUGUAUGGCAUCGCUGUGCUUGGUUACUACAAUCGACGUGGGAUCGACCCUGAAGCUUUCUUGAGAGAGAUCAAAUUCAUUGCCACUGACCCUGAGGAACACUUCUUCAGUGUGACAGAUGAAUCUGCUCUGAAGGACAUCGUGGAUGCCUUGGGGGAGAAGAUCUUCAGCCUGGAGGGAACGAGUCAGAAUGGAACUGCCUUUGGACUACAGAUGUCCCAGGCAGGAUUUUCUUCACACAUCGUGGAGGAUGGUGUUCUGGUAGGUGCUGUAGGUGCUUACGAGUGGAACGGUGCCGUCCUUAAACAGACCCAGAACGGCAAUGUGAUCCCUCCGAAGUCCUCGUACCUCAAAGAGUUUCCUGAGGAGCUGAAGAACCACGGCGCUUACCUGGGUUACGUGGUGUCCUCGAUUGUGUCGUCUCAUUACGGCCAGCUGUAUGUGGCAGGAGCUCCUCGGUAUAACCACACGGGCAAAGUGAUCAUCUUCACCCUUACCAACAUGGGCAACCUCACCAUACUGCACUCUCUGACAGGACAACAGAUUGGCUCAUAUUAUGGCAGUGAGUUAACUCCACUAGAUCAGGAUGAAGACGGAUUGACCGAUAUGCUGCUGGUUGCUGCUCCUAUGUAUUUCAGCAGAGGCUGGGAAACAGGAAGAGUCUACAUCUACAGUUUGGACCAUGAGGGAGAUGUCACCUUGGAAGGUAUUCUUGAGCCAUCAGAUCAGGCUCAUAACUCUCGUUUUGGCUCAGCCAUGUCCUCAGUGCCUGAUCUGAAUGGUGACGGAUACAGAGAGCUGGUAGUAGGUGCCCCUCUAGAGGAUGAUCACAGAGGUGCGAUCUACCUUUUCUACAGCCGGCACAAUGCCAUUCAGCCAAAGUAUAAGCAGAGAAUAGCUGCUGCAGACGUAUCCUCAGACCUGCGGUAUUUUGGUCGUAGUGUCCACGGUGUGAUGGAUAUAAAUGGAGAUGGACUGAUUGAUCUGUCUGUAGGAGCUCUAGGUGCUGCUGUGAUACUAUGGUCUCGCAUCGUGGUCCGUGUGCACCUCGAUGUUCACUUCGAGCCAUCAAAGAUAAACGUGUUCAAUAAAGACUGUGUACGAGGAGGCAAAGAGGUGACCUGCAUGGCGGCCAUAGUGUGUAUCACCAUAAAGGCACGAACCCCGAUGCCAGAUACACAAAGUGUGGCACUUAAACAGAGCUGGGCUUUUGAGGAGAGACGCUACAGCCCCAGAGCAGUGCUGGAUAUCACAGAAGGACAGCCGCCAGCAGAGAUCACUGUCCUACCAGACACACCGCACUGUGAGCACAUCUAUUUCCAUGUACAUGAAACUGCCGAUUACACUCGGCCUGUAGUGUUCAAUGUAGCUGUGGAACUGCAGAACCUUGAUGAAGGCCCUGUGCUGGACGAUGGCUGGUCCACCUCACUACGAUUAGAGCUGCCCUUUUGGAACGGGUGUGAUGAAGAUGAUCGAUGUGCACCUAACCUGGUGCUACAGAGCAGCACUGACCUGAUGGACCGUAGACAGUUCUGUGCUUGGAGAGCGUGUGCUACCUGCCCGGUGUGUGGUCUGAAGGAUGGAAGCGAUAACGAACGUGUGGUGGAAACCAGUAGGAAAAGAGUGCUGGUGGAGGUUCGACUGGAGAAUAAAGGAGAAAAUGCCUACAACACACAGCUCCACAUAUCUCACUCAGCGAACCUGGACCUCUCCAGCCUGAUGGUGAAGACUCCUCCUGAUGUAGAAAUCAAGUGUGAGGUACCAGAAGGAACAAGUCUGCAGAGGAACUGCAAUGUCAGUGCUCCACUGAUGAGGGCUCUUGCUCAGGUGACCUUCAGGUUGGAAAUGGAGUUCAGCAGAUCAGUCUUUCUGGAUUACAUGCAAGUUUUGCUAAAGGCCUCCAGUGAUGGUGAAGAGGUGACUCCUGAAGACAACAUCAAUAACAUACAUCAUCCGUUAAGGCAUGAGGCAGACAUUCUCUUUACCAGGGAUUCCGGCCCUGUUCGCUUUGAAAUGAAAUCUAAAUCUAAUCUGGGCCAUGCAGGAGCUCCUGGGCCUGCGUUCAAUCUGUCUUAUCAGCUCCAGAACCUCGCCGUGUUCCCUGUUACUCACCUCCUCCUCGCAGUAGACCUUUUUUCUGUGACUAAAAAUGGCAAUCGUCUUCUGUACAUCUCGGACAUGAACGUUGAUAAGAAUGCUGGCUCUCAGUGCACUGUUCCACAUGUGACUGUGACAGAUGAACCCUCAGAUGAAGACCUCUCACUGACACCACAGCUGAAUUCGUCAACCGCCGGAGCUUUUUCUGCACAGUGCAGUUUUGUACUCCUUCCCCAACAAGACGUCCGUGUGACCGUGUCAGGAUGGCUAAACCUCCACACGCUACACAAAAUGAACUUUAAGGCUUUGGAGUUAGUCAUCAUGGCAGCCAUUGAGUUGAGUCCAAACAGCUCUGUGUUUCUGCAUGAGGAAAGACCUACAAGACAUACAAUUCUGGAGAUUAGAAAGGAGGAAGAUUACAGAGUUCCCAUCUGGAUUAUAAUUGGAAGCACUUUAGGAGGCCUGCAGCUUUUUGCUCUGUUGGUACUAGCGCUCUGGAAGCUGGGAUUCUUUCACAGAGAGAGACAACGUGAAGAUGACGAUAAGCUUACAGAGCAGCGGUAAAGCCACAGCGUUCUCUUCCCUUCACCAUGCUGUAACUCAGGGAUGCUCCAGGAACAUGGGUCCGUCUUUGCAGCACUCUGGCCGUUGGACACUUGUCGUGCACUGCUGAGCCCUCCCACUUUCUCCCCGGACCGAAACGUCCGAAGAAGCGGAUCUCUGAAGAGUCGUAACUUAUUACAGAAGUCUUAAACCUCACAAGGCUUUGACUAUACAAGACUUUUGAUUUGUAGGCUAUUUUAACAAUAAAGAGGCUAAAAUGAGAGAACUGUGGGAUUUGCAAAGGUAAUAAAUGUACAGUAUUAUUACAACGCUUAAACAGAUCAUUUAGAAUGCAUUAAUGCGAUAAUCACUUAGCAUACGAACAUGUGGAUGCACUUGUACAUGUAGACUUGAACCUGUAACUAACCAGUGACAAAAGCAGUUCCUUUUGGAACGGAGUACGGCAACGUGAUGAUAUAAAACACACACAUUUACAAUUACGAUCUGCUUUAACGAAGAUGCUCCGUCGCACCUUAAACGAACUUCACUUCCUCCUCGGACGCAUCUUCCGUACUUCAGGCUGACGUUGACCAUCUAACCACUGUAGCAGAAGCAAAUAUUAUGCUUCCAGCUUUUUUUUUUAAAAAACCUUUUACAUUUAAAAGUGGUUUGUUUUGAUAAAGCACAAGAAGAUAAGGCGAUGUUUAACAUGCGUGAGCUACUGUUGGGUUGAAUAAUAUACAUCUGUGAGGAUUUGUGGCCAUGAUGUUCAGAGUGUUUGCUUUUAUUUUGAAAUGGCUUCUUCGCAAAUCUAAAAAAACACAAAUUAAAAGUCUGUGUUUAAUAUAUCUGAGUCGGAGAACUGUCGUACAUUCGUUCAUUUUCUACCGCUUAUCCGAACUUCUCGGGUCACGGGGAGCUGUUGUACGUCCUGCUGGAGUUAAUAGUGUUCUAAUAGAGUUCUUUUAAUGGUUCUUUUAAGAAUGCGGACUUUGUUUUGUCUGAAAAUGAGCAAGUUAGACUGACAUUUAUUCUCCUUAGCAAACACAAAGCGUUUGACGUUAAACCACAUUAGUGCAUCUGCUUUGGUUAUUACAGAACGUUGAGCUCAUGACCAAUAUAUGAGGUUCACUUCUGGUUCCUCUCGAGGUUUCUUCCUCGUAUCAUCUCAGGGAGCUUUUCCUCAUCACCGUCACCUCGGGCCUGAUCAUUAGGGAUAAAUGUUAGAGAUAAACAUUAACUUCAUUUUAAACUUUACCGUUUACUAUUAUUCU